UCAGUUAUACACCCACUUUUAUUCUGUACAUUAUGAAGGUCUUCGUUUUUCUCGUAAUUGUGACGGUCGUCAGUAUCCAAGGAUACCCACAACCCUCACUUUUGGGGCUGAGAAAGGAAAAAUGCGAAAAAUCUACAACAUCAGACUUCACCAAAAACACAGUCUCGAAGAAUAAUGAAGAUUCUACAAAAACGACUGUUAAGGAUGUAUCGAAUGAUGGGACAACAGUAACUGAUAGUCAAGAGACAAUUAAGGAAACGUCUGAAGUGCAUCAGCAUUCCAAAGACAAUGAAUCGACACAUAAUACUGCGACGAAGGUACAGAAGAAAAAAGCAAGAAAAGGACUAUUUGGAUCGUCAGACGAGGAGGUGACAGAAACUGACACAGUAGAAACAGAUAAAACAGUCACCAAAGACCGCGAUGUGACCAGCCAAACCACUAUAAAUAAAGAAUCAAAAACUUUUACAAAUGGCGACGGGUCUUCCAAAAAGACCGAGAAUAGUGUCGAUAAAGUAACUAGUACUAACGAGAAGACCAAAGAAGACGAGAAUCUCGAUAAGACCAAGACACAGAAAAUUGUCAAGAAAAAAAACCAAACCCUCGGCCUGAACGGCCUGGUGCAGGUCAAGAAGCAGCAUACAGACACGAUAACGAAGACACAGAGAGAGCACGAACAUAAUGUCAAAACCUCCAAUUCUACCAACACUACACAUUAUAAAACUACCAACGGAACAAGCGAGACACACGAUGAAGACGGGUAUACUAAGGAUAGUUAUGGGAGCAGUGAACAAACGUCUGAUGGAAGUUCUUCUAGUGAUGAAAGCGGAUCUUCUGAUUCAAGUGAAUCCGUUAGUAAAACUAGUCAAGAUUCAGUACAAAUAAGCGUCCUGAACCUUCCACCGGUAACCCUGGAGAAGAAUUCUGAUGGUAAAGAUAAAGGUGCUUUAUUAAAAGGUUUGUUAAAGAAGAAAUUACACAAAGGCCUACUAAAAUAACUGCAAUGAAAAAUAUACCUACGCACCGAUUUUUCUGAGGCUAGUUUCCAACUAGUCAAAUCAGUUUUAAUCAACACGAAAUUACUAUGGCAUUUGUAUGGAGAAGCACACUGUGACUUCAUGGAAAAACGUGAUAAAAUGUCGGACUUAUUAUUAUGUUUUUCUUGAUUAAAAUU